CAUGCGCUGAGGAAGAUGACUGAACUUUUAUUGCGCAAUGACGGCAUCGAUUUAUUGACCAGAUGACAACUAAAAUGAGGUAUUAUAACCAGGUUACCAUUACUUACCAUCCAGAUAACAGACACGUCUCACUUGCGAACUAAAUCGACCGAAGUUCAGAGUGGCCAUCAUUUAAUAGUAUUCCGUUACAGUUACUUGCGAUACACAGACUUAGAGGUUAUUUUUAAAUUUUUCAUCCAAUAUUUUCUCUGCAAAUAAAUAUUCAACAAAAAAGCGCACAGCUCCAGCGAACUUUUGUUGGUGUAUUUUUUGUGCUUUGUUCAUUUUAGUAUAAACCCGCGGCUAAAUUGGCAGAAUUAUCUGCUGUGUUUUUAUCGCACCCAAAAAAAGCCUUAAUGAAUUUUUGUUCUCCCGCGCGCACAAAUGUUGCGGUGAAAAUCAGCUGAAGUUCAUAAAAUGAUUUGUUUUAUUAUCAAAUUACACCGGAAUUAGACGAAUAAACAUUAGAAGGAAGGGUGGAAUAAUUCGAGCCAAUGUUGUAGAUUACUUAUGGUGCAACCAGGCGCGACUUUAUUCUGAAAUUCAUCUUCAAAAAAGAUGAAACUUUACUCCCUGAACAAUUUAUUCUUGUUGUACACUUACAUAUUUUACCAUUAUAGCUCAUUUACAAAUUUAUUCUGAUGAAAAAGACAGAUACUACAUAUUCAUGGUUAACAAUUCUUGAAAAAAGUUGCUACUCGCGAUUUAGAUUAGUUCAAUAUAAAAAUUAUUACUAAGUUAAACUAAAAUAUAAUCUUCAAAACAAUCUUCUUUACUUUGUUUGAAAAAUGAAGGUGAAAUUUUUUGACCUAAGAGUCGCGAAUUUACAUAAGAUUCUAGUAGUGAUCUCGGCUUACUUCUUGCUAAUCUUUCCACUCUCAUCACUGGUUCUCGGGUCGAGCCGACUGGGCAAAGACGACUUCGAUACGAAGUACACUUUCAAAGUAGCCGGCAUAUUCAACCGGAGUCAUUACGAAGUGUACACUAGUUAUGAAGAUGCGCUGGACAAUCUGGAGGACUCGAGUAUAGCGAGUCAGUCGGCUGUGACCUUGGAAAAGUACGGGUCAAGUGAGGUCAUGUACGACAGUGUGAAUCCUUACGAGGUGAUGCAGUACUACUGUCGUCCAAACAGUCGCAUCUCGGCGAACACGAUAGCUGUGCUGGCAGUGUGUGACCACGAGAUAGUGUCCUUCCUGACCAUGGUCGCCUCCCAGAUGUACAUUCCACUCAUCAGUUUGUCAGACAGACGAUGGGUCUACUCUUUCAAGGGCACCCACCCGAUGUUCCUGCGACUGGUGGCGCCGCUCUCUGUGCAGUCUCAGCCCAUGAUCGAGUUCUUCCGCAAGUACGGUCUGUUCUCCUUUGCAGUCAUCACCACCUAUGACGUCAUCAACGACGGCUUCAUAGACGCACUUCAGAAACAGACCAUCUACUCGCCAUUAGAGAGGAGCCAGUGGAAACUACGGGUGUCAAAAGUGGAUGCGCAAGACCACACGAAUGUGUCACUGACGCUGAAGGAGCUUCGCAACAACGGAUACAAGGUGUUCAUCGUGCACACUGAGGUUGACGAGGCCUCGACAGUGAUUGACAAGGCGGAUGACCUUGGGAUUCUGUCGUACGGUUAUGCGUGGAUGCUCACAGAUGAACUGCAGAAUAAGUUCUCACUUUCCCAAGAGAAAAUGAACUCCUUGCCAGAUGGAAUACUUUCAGUGCGCUUCGUGGAGACGGAGACGGAGAGUGAAAAGAUGCAGAAGGCUGUCCAGUUAAUCCAACAGGCACUGAAUGAGAUGGAGGGGGAGGGGAGGAGACAUCUGCAGAGGGACAAUCUUCCCAACAACUGCCAGCCCAACCUAAAUGUGAAGAGGAGCAGUGCAGAGUUCUACGAUCGUUUAAAAAACGCGACUACAGCCGACAACAAACGGGUGUUCACUUCUUCCGGAGACCUGGCUACUUUCAGUUUUGAAGUGCAGAACUUACAAACGAGGGAGGAGCCGAGAAGGAGAGAGUGGGUGAGGAUAGCAGAGUUCAUCAACGGGAGACUGACUAACUUCCACAGUGUCAUGUGGCCCGGCAACUCAUUCCAGACGCCGAGGGAGGGCACGGACAUGGGAAGUGUCAGGGUCACUGCCAAGGUGACUGCGCCUUUUGUGGAGUACUUGAAGGCUGAAGACAAGAACUGGCAGUGCUACUCGGCCAGUCGAUGUCUCAAACCCAACAGUCACGACAAAUGGACCCUCAUCAGGCUAUUUGAUGAGUCGUCUAAGUUCACGCCUGCGAUGUAUGAUCAGCUGCUUCCCAACCUUGAAGCGUACAAGAAAGAAAACGGAAGUCAACCUUCAAUGAGACCUAGAUACAAACUGACGAGAGACAUGUUGCAGUGCUGCAGUGGACUGAUGGUGGACUUUCUGAACCAACUAAAACAGGACUUGGACUUCCACUACCAUCUCUACAUUGUGGACAAAAACAAACCAGGCAGUAAGAUCAACGGCAGCUGGGACGGAAUGGUGCGUGACCUGAUCAAUGGGGCGGCUGACCUGGCCAUAGGUGCAUUCUCCAUCACCAAGGAGAGGUCAGAGGUCAUCGACUUCACCUCCCCCUUCUUCCACUCAGGCUUCUCCAUCAUGGUGGCGCGUAAGAAGCCAGACCCGAAAGCGGACGCCUUCCUGGCCCCCCUCAGUUGGGAAGUAUGGAUUCUGGUGGUGGUUUGUGUACAUGUAGUGGCCCUGUGUAUCACUGUGUUCGAGUGGCUCAGUCCAUACGGCUUAACUCCACUUGGCCGAAACAGGGAGAAGGUGUUCUCGUGGCCUAGUGCACUCGUGCACACGUGGAGUAUGUUGUUCAGUCACACCUUCCCCUCCAAGGCGCCCAAAUGCUGGAGUGCCAGAUGGCUGGUGAAUGUGUGGGGCUGCUUCUCCUUCGUCUUCAUCGCCAGCUACACAGCCAACCUGGCCGCAUUCAUGGCCGGAAUCAUGCAACACUUACAAGUCGAAAACAUAUACUCGCCCAUAUUCCAAACUCCUGACGGGAUGACCAAGUUUGCGACAGUGAAUGGGAGCAGCACUGACAACUACAUCAAACUUAAUUGGGACCGAAUGCACAAGUUCAUGAAGGACUUCAACACAGACUCCAUCGAGAGUAGCAUUGCAAGCGUUAAGAGCGACCUAAUUCAGGCCUUCAUCUACGACAGCCCAAUUAUCACAUACGAAGUAGCGACCGAUUCGGACUGUCGACUCCUAACUGUCGGGGCUCCCUUCGGAGGGGAGGGUUACGGGAUUGGACUACCCAAGGGGAGUCACCUGAACAAAGCUAUAUCCACUCUGAUUCAGAACUACACCAGUGGGACGUUUAUGGAAGAGUUGACGGAGAAGUGGUUUCGAGGGGCUGGGUCAAAAGGGUGUUUCAAACCGACCAGGAACAAACAAGAGGGGCUAGGUCUGAACCACGCGAUGGGGCUGUUCUUCUUCUUCAGCUGUGGGGUGAUAUUCGCAGUGAUCUGUCUGCUGUUCGAGAUAUUCACCUACAGAUGGCUGGUGCCAUACAUGCGCAACAAGCCACACAGCAGCAAGUGGAAAGACCUCAUGGUCUACAGUCAGAGACUUCAUCGUGCGGUGAACAAAGAAGAGCACGUGAAAACUAAAGAAGUGUUCAAAGAUGUCUUCAAUCUUGUCAAACAGAGACAGUUCUCUCGCAUGGUGUUCAAAGAAGACCUGAAGAGAAAUGGGUCCAUAGUGUCCGCUUCCGGGGCAGCAGGGGGAGGAACUCCACCUGCACAUGCUCCGUCCUCCCCCCACCAGCUGAAGGGGGGCUAUAUGACACCUUCAACCCCACACUAUCAACAUCAAUGCUCUUGUGGGGCCAGUGACACCUUAACUCAAAGAUUUCAACAGAAUAAGUCUGCGGUGAAGUUAAAGGACGUGGACCACGUGUGUGGAGAUGUGCACCUUAUGCACGAGAUGCAAAUCAAUCGUGACAACAUGACAUCCCCGAGUCCUUACGUGGACUUCGAAAAAGCCGCCAAGUUCACCCAGCAGCAGAGAACAGCUCCUCUGGGCGGCACGAACCCGACAUUACGCAACAAUCAGCCACUAUUACAUAAUCACUCUUCUUCUCUCCAUAGCAAUACUCCUGCACUAGCCAGCAGUCAUCGGACCACCGACUCCGAUUGCCACGAUAAUACCCUGGAUCACUAUCAACAACAACAACAAGCACAACAACAACCGCAACAAUAUUCACCGCCUUAUCCUCAAUCUUCUCAAGGCUUUCCGUAUGCUGGAAACGGACCCCAGGCUAUUCCUCUUAGCACACCCAAAAUGCCGAACCAUUCCAACUCACAGCAGCCCAAAAUGGGUGCCCUUAAUUACCCCUCUCAGCCCACCCACCGAGGCCUAAUGUCACCCGUCCCAAAUCAGCCCAGCUCUAGGGUGUCUUCCCCGACACACACCACCGAACAGAACCCGAGCACUUAUGGGGCCCCUUCGUACACCGAACUCGGCGGAGGCAGUGGCCGAAGUAUUGAGUCGCCUGUCAAUCAAAAUCAACUUAUGAGUCACCUUUCAGAGGACCCGAGUAGCGUAGCGUCGAACAGUCCGACACAUACGAACCAACCCGGAAAUAGGUCGCAGCCGACUUCGAUUCUGAAGAAACGAAACCCGAGUAACGCGACGCCAGCUUCGGCUCCGACGUCAAACAAGUCGUCUGAGGCACGGCGUCAAUUUGAGGAGAUCCAAAAAGAGUUCGGAGAAAAGUAUGACAACGCAGUUCGCACCUCUCACGUAAACUUGAUGGGACCGGGAUAGAGCGCAUUUGUUCAAGAUGGAGCAUUAAAAUUAUCGUCUAUUCGUUCAAUAACCUGUUUCUGUUGAUAUUAAUAAAUCAAAACCAUUUAUAUGUUUUGCAUUGUAGA